AUGAAUUUAUUUCCUUUUUUUUUUCCCAUGUCAUUUAUGAGGGGGUUUUCUUCACUUUAUCUUUUGGAGGGGUUGGUUACUUUCACAAUUGACAGGGUGUUUGGUGCUCCGAUGGCGCACCCGGUUUCUGCCGACUACGAGGAGACGCUCGAAGGCGUUCAGGAGAAAUUGUGGUAUGCCUUGCCGUCCAUUGCCAAGAUGCGGGCCGAUAUGGCGGCAGCGGCCGAAAAAACCGCGGAUGAUGCGGCCGGUGACGCCCCGCAAGAGGCGUUGGUGGAAAAGGGUCCCGCCACUUCCGCCGUAAGAAAGGCCUCUGUCCCGUUUGCGGAUAUGCGGCAGCUAGUUGAGUCCCUCUUUAUGGCUUGCCACACGAACCCUAUCGCGGAUGAUGUUGAGAAGGGCGUCAAGGCACUUUUGGGCGACGCGGAGGGGGGAAUGUACACAUGGGACGAUUUCCUUCAAGUCUUGAGAGACGUGGAGUCUUGGUGGUUGGAGUGGCAUGACCCCGAGGAAAAGUGGCUGGCCGUGAGUGAGAAGCACCACGCAAGUGUCUUGAAGGAGUUGUUCGACUGCGUCACGCAAGACGUGGAGCCUUUCGGGCUGCUCCCGUGCCAAGAAGUUUUGACGGCGCAGUCGGUGGUGGCGCAUUCCAAAACAAUUAUCACGCCGUUCGAGGAAUUUGUGGAGUUUGUGAAGCCCCGUGAAUUUCCGGAGAUUUAUGACACGUUGUGGGGGUUGCUUGUUCCAGAGGUAGAGGACUCAGGGAGCAGUGGCAUACUUCCGGUUGAGCAAUUCACGGUUUUUUUUAAAUGGUUCUACCUGCAGGUCUUUACCAACGCCACUGAAGACUCUGCCGCUGUCGCGGCCCGCACAAUGUGGAUUGAACACUUAAACGCACAAGGCGUGAUGAGUAAGAAACAGUUUGUGAGGGCUUGCCGCCGCAUGUGCAGCAUUUAUAAUCCCGAAGCCGAUGGCACACAAUGCCUAGAGACUUUUUUUCGUUCAAGCGCUGCAGCAAUAGGGGAAUCUGAACAGGCUCUUGGGAUGAUGGCAGUGUUUGAACAUCGGUGGCCGCCCUCUGCAUCAGGCCGCAUGCUUAUUGAUCCGAAGGAUUUAUACGUCCCAGAGGAGUUGGACGAAAUCAAACAAGAACAAGGAUUGUACGACGCGGAUGUUACUGCCAAUCGUAUCAUUGUCUAUGGCAGACGAGGUGUGGGGAAAACAGCUGUGGGUAAAGCUUUGGCAAAACGACUGAAUUGUGUACAUGUCAGUCUCGAGGAUCUUGCUUUGGAGGCGAUUGCAAAGGCAGGUGAGGGUGAUGCAUUGGGUGCCGAACUCCUCGACUGUGUGGAUCGUGAGGCCAAAAUUCCACUUUCACAGCUGAAAUUGUUGGUGCAUCGGAAGCUUUCGACAGACGAGGUAUUGUACCGCGGUUAUGUAUUUAGUGACUUCCCUGUUCUUGGCGAUGUGGAAGAUGCGGAUGUAUUGGAAUUUUUAAAUGGAUGCGGUAUUCUGAACGUAAUUGUGCCGAAUAUCCUUCUGCACUUGAGCUGUGAUGACAACUUUUACCCGGAGCGCCUCGAUGCCACGUUGGAGGAACGGCGUUUAUUACAUGAAUCGGAGCAGCAGCUUCGUAAAGCUGCAGAGGAAGAACAAAAAGAGAGGGAAAACUUUCACAAGGCGUUGAUUGAUAGAGUGGAGCAGCUGCAAGGAAAGAUCAAACGAUACGAAGAACUCUCUGCUGCGGAUGCCAACGUGGAGGACCCGGCAGAGUUGGAGGCAGCGAAGACUGCCGCCAAGGAAGCCGAAAAUGAACUGCCAGAGGCAAUAGAAGCACAAAAAAAGGAUGCAGAGAGGUCUACUGAAAUGUCACCCGAAAGUGCCGAACGUGAGAAGCAGAUAAGAAAUUUGGCAUUAAUGCGAAUUCUAGAGCGGUCUCUUGUGGGAGACGAAAAACGAGGCAAAGAGAUGUACGUAACGGACCUUCCAUGUUUUCAGGGGAUUGUGGAGCGUCUUCAUUCGGUGGGCCGCUGCUUAACGGUGGGCUGCACGUCCUUGAUUGAGGACACGGUUGCGUAUGUUGUGGAGACGCUAAUGCUUCAGCCAUGUGUGUUGCCACAGGACCUCACCGCCGAAAGCCGACUGCCGCCAAUAACAACAAAACCGGAGCAACAACAAGGGGAGGAGGAUUCAAUUUUAAUCCUUGAAAGGGAAAAUGAGAUGAAACGGGCGGUAGAAAAAGCCGCUGCAGAACUGGGGGUCGCUUUUUCCACGCGUUGGAAGCGCUUCUGUCCGGUCACUUUUGCAGAGUGUGGGGUUUUGGUGGAAGGAGCAGCGAACUACGGUUGCGUGUUCCGACGGCGGCUCUACCAUUUGGCAUCUGAGGUGAAGCUUGCCAAAUUUAAGGCGAACCCACUGCCGUAUCUUUCUCCGACACCGCUCGACAGGGAGCCAAUCCUUGUUUUUCCCAUUGCACAGGGGCGAGACGCCGCUCAGUCUCUUCCAACUUCAACGGUAACGGAACUCGUCCGACUUUUGCACGAGCGCCUGGAGCUCACACCGAUAGAGUUUAACGAGUUUGUCGCCCUAUGGGAUAAACAUCGAAAUCUGAAGGAAUUGCGUGAACAGGCACUCGCUGCACGGGCGAAAUUUGAGCUAGCGGAACGAAAACUACGCGCAGACCGGUUGAAAAAACGCAAGGCCGCCCUUAAAAAGAAGGAGAAAAAAAUAAAACAAACUUUGAAAAACAAAAAGGGACGCAGGAGUACAGCGGCUGAGGCCCCACCGGUGGAAGAGGAGUUUAAGGGCUGGGAGAAGAGAGCCGAGGGUCCCGAAACGGCUACGGUGCGUAUUGAAAAGAAGAUUACUGAGCAAAUGCAUCGUCAAAAGACAUUUGUUCCGAUUUUGGUACAUGCCUUUGAAAGCAUGUCGAUGGACGCUGUGGACCGGCUACUUGGCGAGGGAGUGUUUCCUGAAAAGGUUGUUGUAUUGCAGUACGAGCGGCCGUCGGAAGAGCACUCCAAUGCUGCAUCUCCGUCUGUGGGGGAGGAUGGUGAGAUGAGUGAGACGGGUAUGGAGGAAGUACCAAUGCCGCAGCAGAUUCUUCUUAAAAAGCUAGAAAAUCGCAUGCGAGCCGGGUCCGGCGAUAAAGAUGACUCAACUCCCACUCAAAUCUUUACAAUUCAUCGCUUGAAUGCAAACAAAAAGGACGCGCAGACUUUGACCGCCGAGAUUCUUCAAAUUGUGUGCCCCGGCAUGGCACCAGUCGAGGACGGUGUUGUGGAUGUGGAACUUGGGGAGGUGGAGGAUGAAGGAACAGAGGCGGAGUUGGAUGAAGACGAAGAGGGCGAAGAGGGCCUUGGACCUGAGGUGGCGGAUCCGGCUGCGCGGCCGGGUAAAAGGUUUCUGAAUCAAUUUGGUACCAGGUUACAGUACUGUCCUGUGACACUGUACGAAAAGCGGUUACUUUUAUGCGGCAAAAACGAGUUAUGUUCACAGUAUCAAGGUAAAUUGUAUGUUUUUUCCUCAGAAGAGGCAAAGGAAAAAUUUGAGCGCAACCCGUUACUUUACAUUGGGAGGCCAACUCCAACAAUACCGCCCCGUUUGUGGAUAGUGGGAUAUACAAAAAGCGGCAGAAAGACACUCGGAAGGAAACUUCAUGAGCAAUACCAUGUGCCUUUUUUUUCCUACGACCGACGUUUCUUUGAACGCUGCGUUGAGGCUGCACGUAAACCCGGUGGGGAGGUCGUUGAUGGGAUCGCCAUAACUGAGCAAGGCAGUGAGAAUUCAUACCUUGCCCUUGCCGAGUCUAUUUUGAAAGAAUUGCGGGAAUUUGACGCCGAACAGGAACGAUGCAUGAAACUGCGUGAAGAAGCAGAGGCAGUAAUGGAGCGCCGCGAGAAGCAUGAGGAAGAGGAUGAAGAAAAUGAAGAGGAUUUGGACGAAGAGGCUGAAGCCCGUUUGCAAGAAUACCUUGAAUUUGAACCAGAAGCCAAUGAGGACCGCGAGGUACGACUGAGCGAGGCCUACCUGAAGAUUGCCAGUUGCGUGACGCACAUUGAGCCGUUCGAGUCUGAGGGCUACAUUAUGGUGUGUCCGCCAUUUUCCGAGGGAGACAUCGAACUUCUGUUCUCCACCGGAUGUAUUCCAGAGUCGACGGUGAAGUUGGAGCUUUCAGAGGAGCUCUUCUUUGCAUAUAAAAAGGAGGCUCGUCGGGCUUCUAUCGCCGUGUCUGAGGAACCUCGUGUUGUCGCCGGUUCACAAAUGGAGGUCUUAAAAAAACUGUCAGAGAAGGAGCAGCAGAAGAAAGAACGUGAGUUGCGCAAGUGGCGCCGUCGUCACAUUGGCAAGGAUGAUCCUGAGUCUGAACUCGAGGAUGAGGAGGAUGAGGACUUGCCAUCUGGAGAAUUGAGGAGGAACGGGAAUUCGGAUGCUGGUGCCAAUGAGGAUGACGAAACGCAGUCCCUUUCAUCGUUCCGAAAUAUGGAACAAGAUGCUCUUGCCGAGUUUGAGGAGUCCAUCGCAGAUCGCUCCGUGAAUGCGGUGGCGCUGAAUGGCGACCUUUCGCCAAAUGCCGUCUUUCGCGCUGCCACCCGACAGCUUUCUCGAUUUCUGGAGCACCGCCGUUCUCUGUUAUAUGCUGCAGAAGUUGUUCGAUUUGAUGUCGCCACGGAAAUGCUGGAGUCUGGCGAGGCACUCCUUUCCUAUUUUGGGUACACCGAUCCGGUCGCCCUGUACGACGAACGACAUGGGGUGAGACGUAUUUGUAAGUGGAUGCCAAAUGGCACAGGCUUGGAACCUGAGCCAUCCACGGAAAAUGCAGAGAAGCCAUCAGCUGCAGUGAACACAAAAGCAAAUGACGGAAACACAGCGUCGAACGAUGAUGCGGAGGCGGUUGGAAACCACUCCGAGGAAGUAUUGGAGCCAUCACACAUGGAAGUCUUAUCAGAAGAGGAUUUGGACGACGAGGAAAUGAGUGAGCAUGACGAUGAGGAAAUGGAAGAGAUACUCGAUGCUCAUGAACGAAGAAAACGAUUGGAUUGGCUGCGUCGAUGUCAGCGAGUGGCUCUUUUUUGUGGCCGUCUGUACUUCUUUGAAAAUGAAGCGUCUCUUAUUCGAUAUCUGCGUGAUCCAUUGCUGUUUGUGGAACAGCCCCCGCCAUUGCCACGACCCCUGAGUAAACCUGUUGUUUCUGUUUACGAUGGGAAAGCUCUGUUAUCCAAUCAGGAAGGCUUAAAGCAGCGAUGUACAGCCAAUCAUAUUGCCUUUAACCUUCAUUGCCCAUUGGUUUCGCUUUCAAAACUUUUUUCUUGGGCCGCGAUUCACGCUCCUUUGCUUUCUCUUUCGCGGCGCGCCAUUGAUGCUGUGCUUACUGGUUCUUUCGAUGAUGCGUUGGUUGCGGAGCUACUGGCGCAUCGUCUUAAUGCAGGGGACGCCAAGAAGAGUGGUGCGGUGUUGCUUAACUUGCCAAGGACAAGGGAGCAGUACAAACUUCUGGGAGAGCGCGAAUUAAGAGUAGACAAAGUUUUUAUCUUUGACGAGGCAAAUUAUACGGAUGUGACGUCGCUGAUGACGUCCACGGCAACGGUUACUGUCUCCUCUUUACCCCCUCCAGAUUCCAUUGCUGCCCUUGCUGAGAUAACAGAGUGUGUUGACGUGUUUAUUAGGAAUGAAGGCCGCGCGUCGUUGAGUUCCACAAGAGGGUUCCCAAUGAAUAUGGAGAACACUUACCAUACGACAGCAAACGUUGAGAAACACCUCGGGCCAUAUAAAUGGUACUGUCCCUACAGCUGGUCUUUGCAUGGGCUCUUGGUAGAUCAGCAUGAGAUCCGUCUAUACGGAGCCAGUUUUAUUGGUCAUUACUACUACUUCUCGUCAAAAGAAUACUUACAGCACUUUCUUCUUCAUCCUGGAGAACGGACCACACCACCGGGGUUGACGCCUUUGCCGAGUGCCCUUCCUUCUCGGAUGCCGCCUGGUACAGAGUAUUCCUUGGAAUUACUUGGGUGUUGCCCUGUCACUCUGUGGGACACGCGGGAUAAGAAGGGACUCCGUGGAGUGUUGGAGCCGGUGGCAAAAAAAGGGGAUUCGCGUUAUGUUGUGGAGUAUGAGGGUCGCCACUACGCAAUGAUUGACGAACAUUCAUUAAAGCGGUUCUUGAUGUGUCCGUGGAAAUUCCUUGAAGGAGCAAGGCUGCCUCCUUCUCGCAAGGCACCACUUCCCGAGGGCCAGACAAUGUCGACAAUUGAUGAGGAAACAUUUAUGCGACGUAUCCUCUAUGACCCUGUUGCAUAUGCUCUAAUUGCCGUGGCUAAAGCGCGACCAAAGUACCCUGGCCUCUCCUUGGAGGAAUCUGCCUUGAAAUUUAUGGCGCUUCACAUGAAGUGUUUUAAUGAGAAGAACACUGCCAUACAAGCGGAACAAUACAAGGCAAACUUUGAGACAUUUUUGAAACGCGCGACGCUUUACAGAUCAAUGACGGAGGCCUCCGAGGACGUGGUGAAAGACGAGGAGUUCUUGAAACUGUGCAAGGAAUGGGAAAUGGCUUCCGACAAAACGCAUGGGGAUGUGUCUGGCCUGGUACAUCUGCGGUCAGUAGAUUGA